UUAUAUAUACACAAUACACCAACAUCACCGGAGGCCAUUCACCAUUACCAUAACACAAACUACAACCCUACUUAUAAAUCUACGCACACACCAUGUCCCUAAGAGCUAGACCGGUAACAACCGCGUCAUCCUCCGAUGACGAACCCGAAAACGACAUCCCCGACAGCUCUAAACCACCACCGCCACCACCCACUAUGUCACAAUGGGCCAUAUCACAAACUCUAGCCAGCACAGCCCAACUAGCCAACCUCCUCCCCACCGGAACCCUCUUGGCACUCCAAACCGUAACACCAAUAUUCACCAACCACGGCUCGUGUGACGCGGUCACACGUCCUCUAACCGCCAUCCUCCUCGGCUUCCUCACCACCUUUUGCUUCCUUGCAAGCUUCACGGACAGCUUCAAGACAUCCGAUGGACAAGUGUUUUACGGGUUUGCAACGUUCAAAGGCAUGUGGGUCUUCGACUCCCAAACCGCAGCGGCUUCAGCGUCCAGUUUACCGGACCUACGAAAGUACAAGUUGAGGGCUGUUGAUUGGAUUCAUGCUUUUGUGUCCGUAAUUGUGUUGGUGACAUUAGCCAUGCGAGAUAGAAGCGUGGUUAGUUGCUUCUAUCCAAGACCGAGCCAUGAGGCUCAAGAGGUUCUUGACAUUGUUCCACUAGGGCUUGGUCUUCUUUGUAGUUUGGUGUUUGUGGUUUUUCCUUCUAAAAGACAUGGGAUUGGCUACCCGGUCUCCCAUUGAUGUGCAACAUUUCUACAUUUUUUAUUUUAUAUAACGAAAUUACUAUGUAAUCUAGAAAAAUUCAGAAUAAUAUGUGUUAAUUAUUUUGGUAUUUUAGCUUAGUUGUUAACUUUGUAUAAAUUAUCAAAGAAAUAACUAGCUAAUACGAUUAGAUUAACGGAUA